AUGUCAUUCACACAGCAAGUACAGCCAAUAACUACCAAAUGUUUAGGAUCUGAACAUACAACUACUAAAAAACCAGUUCAUCAGUUUGAAUGUCCUGCUUCUCAGAAAUAUUUUGGGUCGAAAAUUGCGAUCGGCACUACAGAACAAGAAAGACAUGGACUUCAAAAUACAAAACCACAACAUUCGAAUAUGCAUCAUCAUUUGCCAGGUUUUCUUUCACCACAGUUUAUGUUGUCUGCAAAGUCAAUACCGUUUUGCUCAGUUCAAGAAGGAUGCCAUUUUUUUUUCGACUUCAAUAAGUCUUCCCCUUUUACGGGUUUCAUUUCAGACCCAGAGUUAUAUACACCUAGUCCUGGUAUGUCACCUGGAAUUCAUUUUGAAUUUCCGCCGAGAGCAAGGAUAUAUAACUCAAUGUCAGAACUGAAUCAAAUGGCAAUGUCUCCACUUGGAUGUUUUCCUAAUGAGAAUAUCAGUAUGCCGUUAUCUCAGAUAACGUCCAAAUUCUCAACUUUAAAACAAAAUCGUGAUCAGCGUAGAGCUUUGUCCGACUCUGAUGCUUACAAAUGUCCAGUGUGUAAUCAAAUGUUUCUUUCAUUUGAUAACUUAGCAAAACACAUGGCAAAACACUUACCAACAGAAACUAUCUUACACGGUGAAAAUAAAAAACUACACUUAUGUAAAGUUUGCAAUAGAUCUUUUUCUCGUAGCGAUAUGUUGACUCGUCACAUGAGAUUGCACACAGGCAUUAAACCAUAUGAAUGUAGUGAUUGUGGACAAGUGUUUAGCCGUAGUGACCAUUUAAACACACAUAAACGCACCCAUACCGGUGAAAAGCCAUAUCGAUGUCCUCAGUGUCCGUAUGCUGCUUGCAGACGCGAUAUGGUUACACGUCAUAUGAGAACACAUAACAAAAGGUCGGUAAAGACGAAUAAGUUACUAUCAGUACCAUAUUUUAAAGGCGAUCUACGAAUGAGUUCAGUGUCAAGUACAGAUACGACAGAUUCACAAGAUAUAUCUGGACGCAUAUAUUCUCAAUCCAGCAAUGAAAGUGUGGAUAUUGACUGUUGA